CUGACCUAUGCUCAGUGUUGGACCAGUCGGCAGCUAGCGUCCGCGUACGAUCCAGCUGCAGUCUCCUCAGUCUAUCUGCAACAGCAACAACCGGUAUCUCGUCGCUCGAAAAACACUUACAAUGUCUCGUCCGCGCGUGUUUGCCGUGUGUGUAGUACUGUUGCUCGUGUCCGGUUGUCUUUGCAGGCCUAAGGACGACGACAGUCAUGGAACUCCAAAUGCCGCAUCCGCAGGGACUUCAUCAACGAGCAGGUCGAGCAGACUGCAGAAACCCACUCAAGUGCUAAACACGGGCUUUGACGAAAUAGUAGUGGAGUCUAACUUGCAAGUGCACAACCGCGUCGGAUCCAAAAAUAAAUCUAAAAUCAUGUUGCCUUCCAACAGCACUACCCAGGCACAUAAAUCCAGAUCACUCGUCGUCUAGACAUGACAACCAAUAAAUUCUUUUUAAAUAACAUUAUUAUUAUUAUUAUUAUUAUUGUACCACUUACAACUAAUACAUCAUUACCAUAACGCAUAGCCAGUUGGCAAUGAGGUAUAACUUGUUAUUUCAAUGCCUAUAGCCAAUUCAGUUUUAAACACAUUACACAUCAGUAAUUAUAAAUCGUUAGUUGUUAGUACGACGCACUUGUACCGACCAACCGCGACAUCCUCCUAAAUCUUAAAUAUUUUAAUGGUAUUUGUAAGGUAACUGGAUUAUGACUAAUUGUUAUUAUUAGAGUAUGGAUUUGGUAUCUUAGUAAAACGAUUUUUUUUUAAACAAUUUUAAACAUUGUAAAUAACUAUUUUAUUUUUGCAUUAUUUAAAAUAUUAUGUCAAACAAUUUUAAAUUUUAUUAAAAAUAAUGUUAUACAGCUUUAAUUUAAUUGAUAUUCUAUUAUGUAUUAAUACUUUUAAUAAGAUGUAUCAUGUAUUUUAUUUUUUUUUUACUUAGAUUUAUUAUGUAUUUUUUAUAUCUACAACAAGUAAUAUAUUAUACGCACCUUAUUUAUCAAAAAUAUAAUGUUUUUAAUUCAAAUAUCAUAAACCCUUAAUUUAAACUAUAAUAAUUUGUAGUAAUCCUCAAUCAUUUAUACGUAGAUAAUA